UGCACAGUACUAUAUCACAUUUACUCGUGGCGCCCGAGACCUGGCAGAACAUUUUCCAAAACCACGUAGAUCCGUUAUCUCUGGGCACCGCGUGAACAAAUACUGUCAUAGUCAGAGUCAGCUCAAGGAGAUAACAUCGUGUCGUUAACCUCAACCUGUCUUUGGUUACCUAUGGCAUCUCAUUUCACCACCCUUAAUAACGGCCAGAUCAUCCCUGCCAUCGGGCUGGGAACAUGGCAAUCUAAACCCAAUGAAGUUGCCCUCGCUGUCGAACAUGCACUGAAGGCAGGUUAUAGACACAUCGACUGUGCUUGGGCGUACGGGAACGAGAAGGAAGUCGGAGAGGGCCUGCGUGCAUCGGGCGUUCCGCGGGAGGAAGUGUUUAUCACCAGCAAGCUUUGGGGCACAUACCAUAAACGUGUUGAGGAAUGCCUUGACCAGACACUGGCAAACUUGGGAACAACAUAUCUUGAUCUUUACCUCGUGCACUGGCCUAUCGCGAUGAACCCGAACGGCAAUCACCCUGUCAUGCCGAUGCGCCCGAACGGAAACCGUGACAUUGAUGAAUCCUGGGACAUCAGGGAUACAUGGAAGGGUAUGGAGGCCAUGGUAAAGAAGGGUAAAGUCAAGUCAAUUGGCGCAUCAAACUUCUCCCAGACGGUACUCGAUAAGAUUUUGCCGACAGCUGAGAUCAUACCGGCUGUUAAUCAGCUUGAAAUUCAUCUGUACAAUCCGCAGCUCGAACUUCUUGAUUACUUGAAGUCGAAGAAGAUCGUUCCACAGGCGUACUCGCCCCUUGGUUCGACCAAUUCUCCACUGUUGACCGAUGAGUCUGCCACAGAGAUCGCAAAGAAGCAUGGCCUCAAGAGCACGUCCGAUGUCCUUCUCGGCUACCUGCUGGCGAAGGAUAUCAUUGUCCUUCCCAAAUCAGUGACACCAUCCCGUAUCGAGUCUAACUUGACCGGUGCGCUCGAAGCAUACAGUGUGCUGACACCAGAGGACAUCAAAGUCCUUGACGGUGUAGCUGCGGGUGGCAAGCAGAAGCGUUUCAUCAUGCCACCCUGGGGUAUUGACCUCGGCUUCGAUAAUUGGCCCACUGCAACAAAGUGAGCAAUAGGCGCAGUCAUUCAUUGAUGUAUAUGAUUGAUAGUGAGUAAAUCGGAGUGCACGACUGUAACAUCUAAGGCAGACAUGAAACCAUAUGCAUCAGUAGAGCUGCAUGCUUUUCAUGAAUACGUUUUCACACCAUUGAUUGACCGACGGCCUGGUAAACACAUGAAACAUAUGCAAUGCGACCGUACAA